UAUUAGAUUACUGUGAAGUACCGGUAUGUUGGCAACACAUGCCAAACGCAAAACCUGGAUGUAAACAAAUAUGGCGGCGCUCAUGGUAUUUACUCAUGCUCUCCCAAAAUUCACCGUCCCCAGAAUAUCUAAUGUUUCCAUGACAAAAUAGUUCGUUUUAUUCGAUUUAAUUUUGAAGUAUUUCGACUCAUAUCGUCGAGAGGAUUUCUCUCUUAAGUGGUGUUUUCCACUGGACUUUGGCUAACCCCCUUUUCAUCAAUGGAAAAUUCAAAGGGAGUUGAAGUUAUCCUAGAUCAGCUAGAAGACAACCCCUCAUGUCCUCAUGGUCCAACAAUCCUAUUCAAGCGAUUAACGGAUGGAGAGGAGCAGAAAUUCUAUGCGUGUGCAGCUUGUAGGGACAGAAAAGACUGUAAUUUUUUUAUGAAAUUUGGAGAGGAAUGGACAGUUAAAAAGAAGCAGCUGUGGGAUAAAAGAAAACUUGCAGUUCUUCCUGAGAUAGACCAUGAUCAACUAAUAUCAAGAUUUCUUAAGGUUUCUGAACUACCAAGCACAGAAUGCUGUUAUUGCCACACGUGUAAUCUACUUUUACUUCCUGAGGAAAACAACUGUCAUAGUACCCAUGACCAGACAAGGAAUGUCACUAACCAUCAACUUUUCCAUCCUUCAGAACUCCUCAAACCUCAAGAGAGUGCCAAGAAGGAGGCACAGUAUCUGUUUGCCAAGAAUUCGACCAAAGUCAUAGUGGACAUGUUGCGUAGCGCGGGCGUCUGCAAAGUUCUCUGUGUUGGUGCUCCUCGCAUUCAUGAAUUCAUUAGGAGUGAAUACCCUGGGCAAAUGCGAAGUCUUCUAUUGGAUUUCGACCAUCGUUAUCAUCAAUUUUACAAGAAGGGGGAGUUUGUGUGGUUUAAUGCAUUUAACUGUCACUGGUUUGCGGGUGAAGACGGUAAAGCAGUGACACUACAGUUCAUGAAGGAAGCUGAUGGCAUGGAGAUUGCAAUAGUCACUGACCCACCAUUUGGUGGCCGUGUUGAACCUCUAGUAUAUACUUUCCAACGCCUGGAUGAAAUGCACAAACAACUUCAUCAAUCCAGAAUCAACCCUCUAAUGCUGAUGUGGAUUUUUCCUUAUUUCAUGGAACCUAUGAUAGUUACCAGUUGUCCAAGUAUGUCCAUGCUUGACUACAAAGUUGAUUAUGACAACCAUCCUCUUUUCCAACAAGGUCAGAAAGGUCGUAAAUAUGGCUCACCUGUUAGAAUAUUUACGAAUAUUCCUCCAUCCAAACUUCCAUUUCCUGAAGAAGAAGGCUAUCGCCAUUGUGAUUUCUGUGAGAGAUGGGUCAGUUUAGAAAAUAAGCAUUGCUACAAGUGCAACAGCUGUACAUCAAAGGAUGGCCGUACCUAUGUCCAUUGUGACAAAUGUUCCCGUUGUGUCAAACCAACUUGGAAGCAUUGUAAAGAAUGUAAGCGUUGCUGUCUACCUGAUCAUAAGUGUGGUGAAUUUAAACCCUCAGGGUGCUUUGCAUGCCACCAACCAGGGCACAAGAAGAAUGACUGUCCAUUAAGAGCUACUACUAAGGUUGAUUCCAGUGCCAAUAGACCCAGGAAAAAAACAAAGAUCAAUAAAACAAACAGAGCUGCAGUAAAAAGGAAAAAUACUACCCCACCCUCUGGGUCUAUUCAGAAAAAAAGGAAACAGUGAAUUGAAAGACAGUGACCAAAUGAAAGCUCUGGAUUUUAAAAUACAUUCUAAUACAUCUCGAGAAUUUCUUAUGGAAA